AUGAAUUCACAAGAGACUACGACUCUGAAUAAAAGCGCACGCUUUGACGGAACUCAAGAAGGGACAAACCGUACAAGAACUGUCCGCAAGGAGCUGUUGAGGAUAUCCGACCCCAUUGUCCUGGUAGGAUUGCUCACUCAACAGUUUGAAGUGCAACAAGAAGAUAUUUCAACUCUGCUUUCAGUUUCUUCAGGAAGACUGGAGUUUAAGACUGAAAUGAGAAGAUCGAGAAUCAGUGAAGGAGGCUCUCCGACAGGACCACGUGCAGAGAAAGCCUGCCCUCCUGCGCUGUCCUCGGGAAAGAGCGCUAUGUCGGGCGGUUCAAUGCAGAAGACGUUCCACGAGGCGAUGAGACAGCGUAGGACGAGUCUCCCGGCGAACAGUCUUACAUUCGGUAAAAUGCAGAAUGUGCAAAGUUCAAACGUGUCGGAAGCACGAGGUCUGGUGGUGGAUAUGAUGGCAAAUCGUGACCUACCGCCUAACGUCGUUUCAUGCCUUCGGGCUGUUGCAACCCUUCUGAAUCCCCAUACGCCACUCUCUCUUCACUCUUUCAACGACUUCGGACUUCCUUGCGUAGUUGAGAAUCCCUACAGCGGUGAGCAGCUGAUCGUAUCCAACACUUCGAAACCUCGAGUGUCAAACAUCACCUUUUCGACUGUAACAAGCGCUACCGGUCUUCCCACGAUCGCCGCUGAACCAUGUCGUCCACGAUCCAGCAGCUAUUGGAAGCCAGACUCAUCACCAACCGCCGACGGCCAUUCCUCACAUGCCCAGAGUUCACCAGGUACCUCAUCCGGAAAUGAAAGCCCGAGCAUAAAGAAAUAUGCAGUCAGAAAGGAAAGCGGCACCUUAUGCGACACUGUGAUCACAACAGUCGAUGGACGAAAAUACGACACCAAGGAACUCGACAACGACCGAGGAAUGUCGAUGGUCGCUGAUUGGUCGUUCCCGAUCUUUGACAUCGCCGACAAAUACCGAGAUACUGUACUCAGUCGACUCACCUAUACAGUAUUCAAGCAGGCAGAUUUGUUUCGGAUAUUCAAGCUGUCACCUAUAAAAUUUUUCAAUUUCUUUCACGCUCUUGAACGAGGAUAUUGGGAUAUUCCUUAUCAUAACCAAGUUCACGCAGCCGAUGUUCUACACGGCUGUUACUACCUCACUUGUCAUCCUGUACGGCCUCUGAUAGGACCCACCACCUCACCUGAUUCUCUUCUUCCUCCGCCUCUCACUUCGGCUGCACCUAUUUCAUCUAGUAUGAGCACCCUCGAGUUAAUGGCUCUCUACACUGCAGCAGCUAUGCAUGAUUACGACCAUCCAGGCCGAACAAAUGCAUUUCUGGUUGCUGCCGAAGACAAAAAGGCGAUCUUGUACAAUGACCGAUCUGUUCUGGAAAACCACCAUGCAGCCGAAAGUUGGCGAUUGUUGCAACUGUCGGAAAACAACUUCAUUGAAACUCUGGAUCCAGCAGAAACUAAGCGAUUUCGAUACCUCGUUCUCGAAUACAUCCUUGCUACUGAUCUCAAGCAACAUUUUGAGAUUAUCAUGACUUUCAAUGAAAAGAGCAGUGAAAUGGAGCUCCAAAAUGAGUCCGAUCGACUUCUAAUGGCUAAAAUGAUAAUUAAAAUGGCUGACAUUAACAGUCCAACAAAGCCAUACGGUUUGCACAGACAGUGGACAGAUCGCAUCUGUCAGGAGUUUUACGAACAGGGUGACGAAGAACGAAGGCGAAGUAUGCCCAUUACCCCUUACAUGGAUCGUAAUGAUCCUCAAGUGGCCAAACUACAGGAUUCAUUUAUCGCACACGUUGUCAGUCCAUUAGCUGUCGCCAUGAAUGAGGCUGGUCUCCUCCCCGUUCUGCCGGGCUUGGUGGAACCCGAAAUGAUGAUUAAUCUCAAACAUAACCACCAGAAAUGGCUGCACGAGAUUGACAGCACCAGUGCCGACGCAGUUCCGACCCUCGGGAACGGUGUUAUAGAGGAGGAAAGUUCAACCAGCGAAAGUCCCGACAAUCAAAAGUGCAGUCCUUCACUUGACUCCGAAGUUGAGGAGCAAUUCGAUAUGUGCACUAUUCAAGAGCAUGACGAAGAGGAGUACUUGUAG